GUUGAAAAAAAAUAAAAAUUGUAUUUCCUCACUUUGAGCCCUAAUUUCAACCCCACUUCCCGCCACGGGAAGACUCCAUCGCUCUCUGUUCGCCAUACAAAUUACAAAUCAAACAUUUACACGGUCCCGCCUAACGGCCCUAACCUCUAAGGUCUCCACCACUUCCUCCUCCGCUUAGCGCCGCCGGCUACUGCCGAUCACUCCUCCUGUAGCCACUCCUCUAUGAUAAAACCUCGCUAUUUUCUUCUUCUUCUUCGUCGUCGUCGCCUCUUCGUCAUUUUUCUUCUACAUCUUGUUCUGCUUUCAAUUCGUGUUGUUUGAUUGUUGUUAGGGUUCCUGAGUUCGAUGAGCCGUUUGAGUUUUCCUGAGAUUUAAAGACAAUGAGUGCUGUCAGCAUCACGAACGUGACGGUUUUGGACAAUCCGACGUCAUUUUUGUCCCCCCUCCAGUUUGAAAUCUCCUACGAGUGCUUGGCUCCUCUAAAAGAUGAUUUGGAAUGGAAACUGAUCUACGUCGGAUCAGCUGAGGAUGAGACCUAUGACCAACUUUUAGAGAGUGUACUUGUUGGGCCUGUCAAUAUUGGAAACUAUCGCUUUGUUCUUCAGGCUGAUCCACCAGACCCAUCAAAAAUCCUUGAAGAAGAUAUUAUUGGUGUGACAGUGCUUAUGUUGACAUGUUCUUAUUUGGGCCAGGAAUUUAUCCGAGUGGGCUACUAUGUGAACAAUGAGUAUGAUGAUGAGCAGCUGAGGCAGGAUCCUCCUCAAAAAGUGUUGAUUGAUAGGGUUCAAAGGAGCAUCUUAUCUGACAAACCUAGAGUGACAAAGUUCCCCAUCAAUUUCCACCCCGAGAAGAGCGAAGGUGGAGACCAAGCCCCUAAGCCUGAUAAUCCUGAAGAUGCAGGCAGAAAUAUAGAUCGGCAGCCCACUGUACCUGAUCAUCCUUUUGAUGAAGAGGGACAUUAACUUUGCAAACACCAUAACUGCUUCGGAAAGCCUACCUUCCAUUUUUCCUCAACCAAGGUAUAUAGCAUGGUAAUAAUUUUUGUUAUUAAAUUUUGUUGGGAUUUGGAUGAUCUUUAACCAAGGAGCUGCAUUUUGGCCAUACACCUAUCUAGGAACAAAGUUCAAUGAAGUGAUGGUUGAAGUUUUUGAUUCUAUCUGAUUGUCUUUGAUGGUUAAACGAAUCACCAAGUUGUACUUUCUACAUCCUAAAUUUGAUUUCUAGCUUUUGUAAUUACAGGAGAAACAAAUUUUAGUUUGAUUAGAUAGUUGUUGAUCAAUCAUCGUCUGAACAACGACAAUGAUCAACAAUGUGAAUAAUCUUUUUU